UGCCUUUCGUGGGACCCCUCCCCCUUUCUACCCCUUUCCGCCUCUUAUUUCUCCCAAACUUGCGCCUGCUUUGGCUCUGCUGGGACGAUCCUGCCUUUUUGGGUGUCCCCUGACCCUCCACAGAGGAAGAGCUACUCGCCGCACUGUUCUAGCCUGGGGAGGGAGUCGAGUGAAUCUUCGAGGUCCGUUUUACGACAACGUGCGGCUGCGCGGCGUGGCUGACGGCAACGCUGCGCUGCUCUUGGAGAGGUCACUCCGGAGACGGCGUUGGUUUUGGGGUGUGGGGGUUUGGUGGCACUAUGUGGCGCGUUUGUGCUCGAGGGGCCCAGAAUGUAGCCCCGAGGACAGGACUUGGGGCUCGGUGGACGGCCUUGCGGGAGGGACCGGAAGCUCCAUGUGUGACCCCGCGAUCUGUCCCGGCUCCGGUUCGUUGCAAUAGCGUGAGCACAGGGUAUGGUGGGAUCCGGGCACUGUGCGGCUGGACCCCCAGCUCUGGGAUCACGUCGCGGAACCACUUACUGCUGCAGCUUUUGGGAUCGACCAGCCGCCGCUGUUACAGUCUCCCCCCGCAUCAGAAGGUUCCAUUGCCUUCUCUUUCCCCCACAAUGCAGGCAGGUACCAUAGCCCGUUGGGAAAAAAAAGAGGGGGAAAAAAUCAAUGAGGGUGACCUAAUUGCAGAGGUUGAAACUGAUAAAGCUACGGUUGGAUUUGAGAGCCUGGAGGAGUGUUAUAUGGCAAAGAUACUUGUUGCUGAAGGUACCAGAGAUGUUCCAGUUGGAGCAGUCAUCUGUAUCACAGUUGGAAAACCUGAGGAUAUUGAGGCCUUUAAAAAUUAUACGUUGGACUCUUCGGCAGGACCUCCCCCACAAGCAGCCCCAGCACCAACCCCUGCUGCUGCUUCGCCACCUACACCUGCUCAGCCUCCUGGUAGCUCAUAUCCCCCUCACAUGCAGGUACUUCUUCCUGCCCUCUCUCCCACCAUGACCAUGGGCACAGUUCAGAGAUGGGAAAAAAAAGUGGGUGAGAAGCUAAGUGAAGGAGACUUAUUGGCAGAGAUAGAGACUGACAAAGCCACUAUAGGUUUUGAAGUACAGGAAGAAGGUUAUCUGGCAAAAAUCUUGAUCCCUGAAGGCACAAGAGAUGUCCCUCUAGGAACUCCACUUUGUAUCAUUGUAGAAAAAGAGGCAGAUAUAGCAGCAUUUGCUGACUAUAGGCCAACUGAAGUAACAGAUUUAAAACCACAAGCACCACCACCUACCCCACCCCCAGUGGCCACUGUUCCUCCAUCUCCCCAACCUUUAACCCCUACUCCUUCAGCCCCCUGCCCAGCUACUCCUGCUGGCCCAAAGGGAAGGGUGUUUGUUAGCCCUCUUGCAAAGAAGUUGGCUGCAGAGAAAGGGAUUGACCUUACUCAAGUAAAAGGGACAGGACCAGAUGGUAGAAUUACCAAGAAGGACAUUGACUCUUUUGUGCCUACUAAAGCUGCUCCUGCCCCAGCAGCUGCUGUGCCUCCCCUGGGUCCAGGAGUGGCACCAGUUCCUACAGGUGUCUUCACAGAUAUCCCAAUUAGCAACAUUCGUCGAGUUAUUGCACAGCGAUUAAUGCAAUCAAAGCAAACUAUACCUCAUUAUUACCUUUCUGUUGAUGUAAAUAUGGGAGAAGUUUUGUUGGUACGGAAAGAACUUAAUAAGGUUAUUGUGAAUGGAGACAGGCUCUUAAUAAAUACUGUUGUUGAUUAUUUAGAUGUCUUUUUCUUUUUAAACAGAAAUCACGUUGUCGACGUCAGCGUUGCAGUCAGUACUCCUGCAGGUCUCAUCACACCUAUUGUGUUUAACGCACAUAUAAAAGGACUGGAAACCAUUGCUAAUGAUGUUGUUUCUUUAGCAACCAAAGCAAGAGAGGGUAAACUACAGCCACAUGAGUUCCAGGGUGGCACUUUUACAAUAUCUAAUUUAGGAAUGUUUGGAAUUAAGAAUUUUUCUGCUAUUAUUAACCCACCUCAAGCAUGUAUUUUGGCAAUUGGUGCUUCAGAGGAUAAACUGGUUCCAGCAGAUAAUGAAAAAGGAUUUGAUGUGGCUAGCAUGAUGUCUGUUACGCUCAGCUGUGAUCAUCGGGUUGUAGAUGGAGCAGUUGGAGCCCAGUGGCUUGCUGAGUUUAGAAAGUACCUUGAAAAACCUACCACCAUGUUGUUAUAACUAACUCAAGAAUUUCUAGGCUCUUCCCGGUGACGUUGAUUCAUUCUUAUCAAGAUAUUUAUAUGUUAUGAAACAGUUGGUUCUUUUUGUUUUAAA